AUGGUGGUGGUGGUUGUUCUCGUUGCGGCACCGAGGAGGGUUGUUGUCUGUGACGAGACUAGGUAAGUUACUUCACCCUUCUGCAGAGCAAGCAUACUAAUAGUUGCCAUAGUAUAUGCAUCAACGAUCGCAAAAACCCUCACACUCCGUUAUUCGAGGCAUCGAUUCAUGGCACUUUCGAAAAUACUCUCCGAGUCGCCGCAAGUGGGGAUCAGAUGGCAUAUCUUCGAACUAAGAAAUGA